AUGUCUCGCCAUCAUCCCGAUCUCGUAAUGUGCCGCAAGCAGACCGGCAUCUCUAUCGGCCGCCUCUGUGACAAAUGCGACGGCAAAUGUCCCGUUUGCGACUCCUACGUCCGGCCCACGACUCUCGUCCGCGUCUGUGACGAAUGUUCCUUCGGAAACUACCAAAAUAAGUGCAUCGUGUGCGGAGGCGAGGGAAUCAGUGAUGCCUUCUACUGCUUUGAGUGUACGAGGCUGGAAAAAGACCGAGACGGGUGUCCGAAGAUUAUAAACCUGGGAAGUUCGAGGACAGACUUGUUCUUCCAGAGGAAGCAGCAUCGAUCGACGGCGAUGUGA